CACGCAACACCACGAGGACUGUUUGCUGUUUGGCAUUUUUGUUGUGUGCGAUUGGCCUCGAAAGAAACACCGCAUUUAGUUUCGUUUCCUUUCGUGGUAACGUGCACAAAUGACAGUCGUUAUGCAUUUACUGAAGAAUUUAUGUUAAGACUUGUAAUGGUCUUGCCUAAAAGCGUCGUUUUACCGGUAAAAUGCGCGGAUUCCGGUUCUUGUUGUUGUUGUUUCUCUAGUUUCAGACACGAAGUGCGUGGGUUGUAGCUUUACGAACUGUGUUGUUUCUCUGCGAUCACCUAUGUUUACUGGUAUAACGACGAUUCUGUAUCCAGGAAUCAUGAGGUCGUUCAGCGUUUGAAGGAGUUCAGAGGAUUACAAUUUUGUCUAAGACUGGUUGAGAGACAUUUCGGAGUAUCGCCAGGUCAGAAUGCCAAAGUCACAGGGAUUGCUUCAGUGUCUUAUACGGCGAGAAACUGGCUGCUCUCUCGCCACCGAUAAAAAUACUUUGCUGGCACACGUUGAAGACUCCACCGCGAAUUCCUGUACAAAUGAAGAGAGAUGUGAUCUGCCUGGCUCACCUCGCUCAACAUUUUUGGUCUGCUUUAGCCCUGACAGGAGCAAGAUGGCAUCCACACAUGGUGACCAUACAAUCCGGAUUGUGAAUAGCUACACUGGCAAAUGCCUUCGCACACUCCAGGGACACCCGCGUACACCAUGGUGCAUUGCUUUUCAUCCCUCUGCUGAUGAACUUGUUGCGUCUGGUUGCUUGGGCGGUGAAGUUAGAAUCUGGGAUCUCAAAGGAGGAUGUGAGAUGUAUACCCCUCCUGACAGAGCAGUUAUAGCUUCCUUGGCAUUUCAUCCUACUGAUAAGGUUUUACUCAUUGCUACCAGCAACAAGCUUUUCUUUUGGAAAUGGGACCAGCCUCAGCCAUUUGCUUGCCUUCAAACCAACUUCUUGGAAGAAAAAGUCAGACUUGUCAAGUUCUCCCCUUUUGGAGACUACAUUCUUACUGGGAUUACAAAUGUUACACAAAUGGAAAACGGGAAUGGCUCACAAACAAGCAACCAGCCUCCGAUCAACCACCUUCUACAGUCUGUUAGCUGCACUCAACUAGACAGUGACCAGGUGUCUCAGUACAUCUUACGCCAGUCCAACAGCCAAUCACAGUCUAGCUCAAACCCCUCUAGCCAAUCAGAGAUGCUUUCCAGCCAACCCAACCAAUUAAGUGAAAGUUACCUUUCUAAUCAAUCAGCACCUAACCAAUCAGAAAAUAGUUUGUCAUCGGUCAACCAAUCACAGACAGCCUCUAAUUUAUCCUUGAAUCAGUCAGAAACGAUUGUAAGUAACUUUUUAGAACCGGCCUCGACUACUCAAGCUUCUUCGAGCCUGCUUAAUGAAGAAGUGGAUGUCAUGCCGCCAACAGAGGGCCGUCUCCCUUUCCACGCUCAGUCACAUACACGACCUCGUCACCGGUCUGAAGUCCUACAACAAGUUCUGAAUACUCACCGACACGUCCCUAGACGAGAAGAGACUAUACCCACCACAAUCGCCGCGUCUGGCCACGAAGCUGCCACCGGGAGUCUAACCUACCCUAGCCGGCAAUCAGCAAUGUCAAGGACGCGGGGAUCAGGGGAUUACCGUGGGGUUUUCGCGAUCUUCCGCGCCCGAGAUGGCGGGAGCUGGAACCUGGACACCUCGGAGGUUGAAGGGGAACCCACUGAUGUGGGAAGAACGAGUUUGCUGUUUAACCAGGGAGGCUCUGCAUCUGAAAGUAUGAGUUUUAGUCAGGUUGAUAGUACUAGAGAUGCGGCAAAUAUUAUGGAAUCAGGAACAGACUCGGGAGGUACUUUGACAACAACUUCGCAAGGAGGUCUUCUCUUCACAAGGACGCCGGGACAGAGGAACGUUACACUUAGAAAUGUGACCACAUCUAGCGAGCUUGUACCACAGCAAGGUCUGUCCAGUCAACCUGAAGAGUCAGGAAGCUUUGAUGAUCUAGGUAGAAAUACGGGCGGAUAUUCUGGCGGUACUGCGGUGUACGAUAUCUCAGUUCAACCGGAAUCUGUGCAAGAUACAGGGACGUUUACUAGAAUCACCACAAAUCCUAUGCACGAGCCUGCACUGCAUGCCAGCGUAAGUCAUCACUAUGACGACGGCAACAGCGGUCGUUCCACUGACGUCACCGUUAGUAUGGACUCUGUAGGCCUAGGCAACGAAGAGGGGCCUGGGUACAAUGCCAACGGUGACCGCCUUUUGUCGGGCGUGGGAUCUGUAUUCAAUGUGGGAUCCGUCAGUUCGAGGACAAGUUACGUUUCGCACGGGUCAAACUACAGCUCAAGCUUGUCCACUCUGUCCAACGCCGAAGGUUCAGGAACAGCUAUCGCUACUGCGACUGCGCGAACGUUUCGCCACGUGCACACUGCGGUGGUGAUCGCGAAUGGCACCAAUGGCGGCCCUCAGGUCGCGCUAAGGACCGCAAUCAACCGCGCUAUUGCGGGCGCGUUUGCUGGUAGUGGUGAGGGUGCAGUUGCGAGUAACAUUAUCAACACUACACACAGGCUACAGUGGUGGGACUUUUCCAAAGUCAAGAUGCCGGAUAUCAAAAAUGCAAAUACGAACGUGCUGGUCCCAUGCUGCAAAAUCCACAAUGACGCCAGCUGCGACAUCUCUGCGGACGGUACCCUUCUCGCAACAUUCGUGCCAAGUGCCUUUGGUUUCCCCGACGAUGGAAUGCUGGGUAUUUAUUCCUUGAAGAGAGAGAGCCUGGGGCAAUGUUUGUUCACAAAAAAGUUUGGGCCGAAUGCAAUUUCCGUCAGCCUAUCAGCCUUGAAUCGACACGUCGUCGUGGGCCUAGCGGCCAGACGGAUCCAUUGGCAUUUAACGUCACGUCAAAUGAUGGCGCAAAUCUUCAAACUCGAGGCUGACCGGAAAGCGGAGCAGUCAGACGACACAGGAAGACCACCGGUCCUUCCUCCGGCCGUAUGUAACAUUGUGCUCCAUGAGCGGGAUAACGAGCGCCGGUCACAUGUUAGCGUUAAUGCCGCCUUCUGGCACCCUGUGGUGGGCUGUGGCAUCGUUUACGGGACAAACCGAGGCGACCUGAGACUAGUGCGUCAGCGAAGGUGAGAGGUCCUGGUAACCAAUAAUAACUGAUGUACACGGGAGAAGUGGCGGCGUCAGACCAAGGCAAAUAGCGUCUUUAAUUACUGUGAAUGUAUUUAUAAUUUUGAUGAAAGAGCAGAAUCUUUUUAUAUUUAUUUUGUUAAGAAUUUCUAAAAGAUAAUUCUACUCCUGAUUUAUUUUGUCCCUGCAAAAUCUGGUACCGCUAUACCUUUAUUAAACGCUAUUUAUGUAAAACGGGAGAGGCGUGGUUGCACGUGAGUGUACGAAUGUUUGGUGUUGAUGAUUUGUAGAACCCCGUUAAAAUAACCACAAUCGUAUUCGCGUAAACGGAGUAGAAGGAAUUCCUUCUACUCCGUUUACGCGAAUCCGAAGUAACGACAACUUUUGCUCAAAAUAUUUGUAUAAAUUAUCAUUAGUUUUAUCAUUCUGUUAUAUGAGAUCUCUUAUAAACUGUUUUACACUGAUGUUUGUACCAACCCAGCAUUGUUCAUAGAGUUAUAAUAAAAUCAGAUAGCCCCA